AUGUCUUCUUUCGCCUUCUUGUUGCUCUGCAUCCAAGCUUGCUUGGUCCAGAAUGCGUACAGCGCAUGCCUUGGAGCCGGACUCGGUCUGGGCUACGCAGACGGAUGGGCUGGUGAAUAUGGCCGCGGCUACGGACCAGGAAUUGGACUUGGCUACGAAACCGGACUUGGACUUGGACUUGGCUACGAAAACGGACUUGGACUUGGACUUGGCUACGAAAACGGACUUGGACUUGGACUUGGCUGCGGACUCGCUGGCCCUGCUGCCAUCGCUGGUCCGGCUUACGGAGGCAAUGGCGUCGGCGACAUUGCCGUUGCUGGUGAGAUGGGUGUCGCCGGUACCACUGUCGUCGCUGGUCAGGUGCCUAUCCUGGGUGCCGUCAGAUUCGGAGGUGAUGUGCCUGCUGGUGGCGUCGUCUCCAUCGCCGGCAGAUGUGCUGGUGGAUGUGGGUGCAACGGCGCUUACAACGGCGGUUACAACGGCGCUUACCUGUACUAA